AUGGAGAAUAAUAUUCUCAAAGGUAAACCCAGCGGAGGAACCGCCGUGAACGUUGGAAAAGGAGGAGUGUACGUGGACACCAGCAAAGGCAAAGGAACACACGUGAGCGUUAGCGGUGGAAAAGGACCCGGAGGAGGCGUAGGCGUCCAAACCGGUAAACCCGGAGAGAGAACCGACGUGGGAGUAGGUAAAGGCGGCGUUAUAGUGCACACGCGCCACAACGGCAAGCCUGUCUACGUCGGUGUAACACCAGGACCAAACCCUUUUGUGUAUAACUACGCAGCGAGCGAGACUCAGCUCCACGACGAUCCCAAAGCGACUCUCUUCUUCUUGGAGAAGGAUAUGGUUCCUGGAAAAGCUAUGAACCUUAGGUUUAAUGCGGAGGAUGGUUAUGACGGUAAAACGGUGCUUUUGCCACGUGGGGUGGCGGAGACGGUGCCGUUUGAGUCGGGGAAGUUUUCGGAGAUCUUGAAUACUUUCUCGGUGAAACAAGGUUCGGAGGAAGCGGAGAUGAUGAAGAAAACGAUAGAGGAGUGUGAAGUGAAGAGAGUAGGUGGUGAGGAGAAGUAUUGUGCGACUUCUUUGGAGUCUAUGGUUGAUUUUAGCGUUUCUAAACUUGGCAAAUAUCACGUCCUUGCUGUUUCCACUGAGGUGGCUGAGAAGAAUGCACCGAUGCAAAAGUACAAAAUCGCAGCAGACGGAAUAAAGGAGUUGUCGGACGACAAGUCAGUGGUGUGUCACAAACAGAAGUACCCAUUUGCGGUGUUUUACUGCCACAAGGCGAUGAUGACAAGCGUUUAUGCGGUUCCGCUCGAAGGAGAGAGUGGUUUGAGGGCUAAAGCCGUUGCUGUAUGCCACAAGAACACAUCGGCUUGGAACCCAAACCACUUGGCCUUCAAAGUGCUUAAGGUGAAGCCUGGUACAGUUCCGGUCUGUCAUUUCCUCCCUGAGACCCAUGUUGUUUGGUUCAGCUAA